AUGGUGGGGUACAUACCUAAAUCUGAGAGUGGCGGUAUGGUGGGGUACAUACCUAACACUGAGAGUGGCGGUAUGGUGGAGUACAUACCUAAAGCUGAGAGUGGCGGUAUGGUGGGGUAUAUACCUAAAGCUGAGAGUGGCGGUAUGGUAGAGUACAUACCUAAAGCUGAGAGUGGCGGUAUGGUGGAGUACAUACCUAAAGCUGAGAGUGGCGGUAUGGUGGGGUACAUACCUAAAGCUGAGAGUGGCGGUAUGGUGGGGUACAUACCUAACACUGAGAGUGGCGGUAUGGCGAGGUACAUACCUAAAGCUGAAAGUGGCGGUAUGGUGGGGUACAUACCCAAAGCUGAGAGUGGCGGUAUAGUGGGGUACAUACCUAAAGCUGAGAGUGGCGGUAUGGUGGGGUACAUACCUAAAGCUGAGAGUGGCGUUAUGGCGAGGUACAUACCUAAAGCUGAGAGUGGCGGUAUGGUGGGGUACAUACCUAAAGCUGAGAGUGGCGGUAUGGCGAGGUACAUACCUAAAUCUGAGAGUGGCGGUAUGGUGGAGUACAUACAUAAAGCUGAGAGUGGCGGUAUGGUGGGGUACAUACUUAAAGCUGAGAGCGGCGGUAUGGUGGGGUACAUACCUAAAGUUGAGAGUGGCGGUAUGUAG